UGUCCGAAGGACAACCCAAGCAGCUAUGGUGCUGCGCUGAUGUCCAAAGGACAACGCAGACCAGCUAUGCCGCUGCUGACUUGGUCCGCUAUGCCUGACUCUGCCUCGAGCUUCCCUGGUGCCGCACCACCCCAACUGGGGCCUUCCAGAUGCAGCGCCCAACAAGGUGAUGAAGAUGGUGUCUCCCAUAGCCAGGUGCGGCAAACACCUUUACAUAUUGCAGCCGCCAUGGGGCGCACAGCAACGGUGGAGAUGCUCCUGAAGAGGGGUGCAAAUGUGGAUGUUGAAGACGAUUUGCGACAAACACCUCUACAUCUCGCUGCAUCAAAUGCUCAGAUUGCGAGCCUGACAAUUGAGACGCUGCUUAGAUAUGGAGCCAACAAGGAUGCCAAGGAUGAUCUAACUUCGACACAAUGGCGGACCUUGUUAGAUGCAGUCGGUGAUGCUGAGAAACCACAUCUACAAGCACUCUUAGAUGGUGCUAUAAAACGGGAACAGAAGUCAGAGAAGGAGAGGAAGGAGGCCUUGCCGAGAAGGCAAGUAGCCCUCCUAGAGACUGUCCCCUCACUGACUGAAGAGCAGUGCGGGGAACAGCUGCAGUCCAUCCUCACAGCCUUUGUUCAAAUCAGGAAUCUUGAGGACCAUACCACUCAGAUCGCUGAAGUUUUUGCAAAACUGCAAACACUUCAGGAUGAUCUGACUGAGACGACCUUCAAAUACCAUGAACUGACAAAGGAGGUGGCGGAUCUGCGACAAGCCCAAGUGGCCAACCCUCUUCCUCUACCUCCUGGAACUGAAGCUGCAAUCGAAACUACCUCUGCCCCUCUUACUGUAUCUGCUUCUACCUCUUCUUCGAGUGUGAUGGCAACUUCCUCAGGACCCGCAGCAGGUGCAGAUUCCACUGUUGCUGUAACAAGCAAUGAGGCUGGAACUUCUGCAACUGCUGCAGCCCCAAGACCGGAACCAGUUGCUGCUGGUCCCAGCCAUGCUGGUCCCUAUGUGGACCGAAAGGCAGUUCAAAUACCGUGGGGACAUCGAGUCCUGGAAGACAUCGAGUCCUGGAUCGGCUCCAUGAGGGCCUACUUUGAGAUCCUGGGGACUCAAGCUGAGACCCAGGCUCAUCAUGGGUAUGAAUGUCGAGCCAGUCAUACGGGGCUUCCUAGAAGUCCAAGCAACGCGGGCUGGGUUUCCAAAGGCUGCAUUGGCCAAAUGGCUAAGGGCUACCCCGGUUGCCUCCCUCGAAGAACUCCUUACCUCAGAAUACCAAGAUCCACAUGUUGCUGCUAAAGCAAGAAUUCAACUGGAUAAAGUAAAGCACAGCAAGUGGA